CACCAAGAUGGCUAGCUAAUACUGGUCAUAUGGAUGCAAACUAGAAUUUCUUAUAUUUUCGAUGUCAAAAAAAAAAAAAAACAAUGUAUUGUAUCAUCAUGAAUCAUGAUCAACAAUAUAGUAACAGAAACCACAACUUUAAAACUAUAAACUUUGAGUUGUGUAGUUUAGUGUCGGUAAUUCACUUCACAUUUAAACUUCUAUAUUGGUAACUUAUAUCAUUAAUCAUAAAUUCAAAAUACAACUUUAAAAAAGUCGCUUCAAAUGAAAAAAAAAUGUCGCUUCAAAUGGAUUAAUAAUCAACAAUAGUAGUGGUAACCAUAACAUCGUUAAAUUAUAAAUCUUUGAAUUAGUGUAAUUUUUGUCUAGGUAGGUAGUCUAGUUCACAGUUAAAAUCUAUUUCAUGGAGGUAACUUCUUUUUUAAAGGAAGUAACUUAUUUCAUGGAGGUAACUUAUAUCGUUAAUUACAUCACAACUUUCUAAAUGUUCCUUCAAGUGGGUUAAUGAUCAAAAUUAUUUAAAAUUUCAUGUAAUGAAUAACUAAUUUGCAGUUUCGUUAAAAACUUUUUAUUGUCUGUUACCUUAUGUUUUUUUGAACCUUAGUUAACAGUCGCAUUUAUAUCAAACAUAUAUUUUAUAUAGUAUUAUAUUUUAUGAAAAAAUCGAGGACGUACAUUGUAUAUAUAUAUAUUUAUAAAUGUAUAAAUAUAUAUAUAUAUAUAUAUAUAUAUAUAUAUAUAUUAAAGUUUGAAAAAUAUAUUUGGAACCUGAAUUUCGUUUGAUUCUUUAAUUUCUAAAUAUGAAAACACGCCUUACAAAAAAAAAAAAUAUGAAAACACAAAAAUCAUAUAUGGUCAAUAAAUGAUUUUCAGUUAAGAAUAAGAUAUUAGAAAAUAAUUUUUAUUUUAAGUUAAAAUAUUAAAUAAAAAACAUACUAUACUUAUUGAGUAAAAUACGAAAAUAAAAAAUAAAAUAUGUAUGUUAAACUAAUUUUAUUAUGGUAUCGGCAUACUGUACUUGGUCUGUUAAUAUGAGAUUGCAUAAACUCUGAAAUUUAUAUGCAUGAAGGAAAAAUGUAGUUUAAUUUUAUUUAGAAGAACAAUAACAAAAAUGAUUAAAUAUAUUAAAAUAUAAAAUAAUUAAUAACAUAAGUUCUCAUAAGCAAAAAAGUAUAUUAAAUAAUAAAAAAUGUACAAGCUUAAUAAUGAUCAUGGUUGGAAAUAAAUACGGAAAGUAAUGAUAAAAAAAUCAAUCAUAGAAUGUAUCUUCAAGACUGUCAUAUAUACAUAUGUUCUUUUUUUUUUUUGAUAAAUAUUAUAUAUACAUAUGUUCAUCAGUGCAAUGUUUUAAAUAAACAAUUUUCAAGUAAUUCCGUAAAUUAAAAGUAAAUUUAGUGUUACAUGACUUUAAUUAAAAGAUUUUCUUACGCAAAUAUAUUUUCUUAGUGACAACUUGUCAAUUUGACCCAAAAAAAAAAAAGUGACAACUUGUCAAUAAAGUAAUUGUUGAUAGACUUUUGCACGUUUCAAUAUGAAAGAGAUGGUCCCAUUUAGUGUCUGCAGAUCCAUAUUCAUAUUUACCCAUCUGUACAGAAGUGUUAUAACUAGUUUCCUUGAACGGAUUCAUUUUCAGAUUCGAUUUGGAUUUUGAUAGAUCUCUUGAGAAUACAAAAAGGUAUGUUAUUUUCACUCUCCUUAAUUCUUUUCUAACUUUUCUUUUAUUCCUCUGGUAGCAUUCCUACAUCAAGUGCUAUGUCUUUUCAUCAUUUUUGAUGAAUGAAUAUAAUUGAUGUGAUAGAAUCAAGAGCCAUUGAUGUUUGAUCAGGUAGAGAAACACAUGGAAGAAGAAGAUGAUAUGGUGAAAGAGGGGUUAAUGGCCUCUCCAAGAGAAAUCUUCAGCAUUUCUGGUCCCAUUCAUCUAACUUCCAUUGACUGGAAUAAUUCGUACCACAGAACCUCGGUGGCAUCAUGUUUGGUGCAAGCAGUGUACACACUGGAACGAGACAGACAGCAAAACAGGAUUGGUCUCAAGUCACAAGCACAUCAUUGGUGGGAGUUUUUCAACUUCACUUUAGCCGAAACCUUAAUCGACCAAUCAGAUGGAUCCAUAUACGGCGCCGUUUUCCAGUACAAACUAUUUUCUUACAACUACCAUAAUACCCCUUAUUCGAAAACACCUCCUUUUCACGUGAUCGCGUUCCGCGGCACGAUCAUGAAGCCGCACUCUCGGUCACGUGACCUUAGGCUCGACCUACGCUGCGUCCGAGACAGCCUCCACGACAGCACAAGAUUCGUGCAUGCGAUAGAAGUGAUCAAAACCGCGGUGGCUAAAACCGGCAAUGCAGCCGUGUGGCUCGCCGGACAUUCUCUUGGAGCUGCCGUGGCUUUGCUAGCCGGGAAGAUUAUGACGAGGUCUGGUUUUCCUCUCGAGUGUUACCUUUUCAAUCCUCCUUUCUCAUCUAUUCCGAUAGAGAAGCUAGUGAAGAGCGAGAAGCUUAAACAUGGAGUUAGAUUUGCCGGAAGUCUUGUCAAAGCCGGAGUAGCCAUUGCUGUCAAGGGUCGCCACCAUCACAAUAAGGGUCAAGAAGACGAUUCGUUUAUGAAACUAGCAUCAUGGAUACCUUAUUUGUAUGUGAAUCCUUUAGAUCCAAUCUGCUCAGAAUACAUUGGUUACUUCAACCACAGAAACAAAAUGUUUGAGAUAGGAGCUGGAAAAAUCGAGAGGAUCGCUACGAGGAACUCACUUAGGAGUCUGUUGACGGGAGGGGGAGGAGGAGGAGGAGGAGGAGGAGGAGGAAGCUCGUGUUCGGAUUCUACAUCGGAACCUCUUCAUCUUUUACCAUCUGCGUAUAUGACGAUAAACACUAGCAAAUCCCCUGAUUUUAAGAGGGCUCAUGGGAUCCAUCAAUGGUGGGAUCCCAUGUUCAAUGGUGAAUAUGUUUUGCAUCAGUUUAAUCAAUGACUUCCAUUGUUGCUUCAGGUACUUGAAAUCUUUUGAUCUGUACUUUGUUUUUCAAAUUUUUAUUGUUCUAAUAUGUAAAAGAUCAAGUUUUUGCAUGAGUAUUUGAUGGAAACUAAAA